AUGCUCGCCAGACGGGCCUCGGUCAUUUCAAUAUGGAUAGCAUGCGUCAGUUGCCUCAGUUACAGACUCCACUCGUCGGUGAUCGACGACAUCACAUCCCGGAUCCAGUCCGACUUCACCGUCGACGCCAACAACCGGCCGUAUUAUGACAAGGAGAUUGGAACCGUCGGCACCUGUCUCGAAUGGAAGCCCUGGUGUCUGUCGACGAGAUUCUUUGACCGCUACUUUCUCGAAGAGGUGAGCGAUGUGCGGGUCCUCUACAGAACGACGGUCCAGGAGCCCUUUACCAACAACGGGACCAGCUCCCAUGAGAUGAGGUUCACCAUCUCCAAGACCAAGUCGCUCGGCGUCACCAAAGGCUGGAAGAUUGGGGGCAGGCUGUCGGCCGGGGUAGAUGUAGGAGCCCCCCCUCUGAAAGGGUCCGCGGGGCUGGAGAUGUCGUCCGAGUAUGGCGAGUCCACGGCCGAAGACACCAGCACGACGAGGCUUGUCCAGCACAACAUCAGGUGCGAGCCCGGUCACUACUGCGCGCUCGUCACCGUGACAUUCAACGCAGCGGUCAAGGGCAUCUGCGCCGUUGCACCGCAUUUCGAGUGCGGCGGCAAGCGCAACAUGUGCACGAACCCGAGCUGGACGGGAUGCGGCCCGUUCUUCGACUCGUACAACAGGUGCGAUUGCGACGGGUACGCGGGCUAUGUGCCCUGCGAGGCUCAGUUUCCCAUAUUCAACGACAACGGCGAGCCGUUGAGCCACGUCGUUUCGAUUGCGAAACGCCUUGGAUCUUGA